AUGUCUCUCUUUCACACUUGGAGGAGUAAUCCAGCAUUGAGAUUGAAGGCCUCCCUUGAGGCUCCGGGCCUGACUGAGAAAAUUACAAGCAACAAGCAGAAAAGCAUAGCCGUAGCUCAAAAUGAGUCUGCUUUGUUCAGUGAGAUGAAGCAUCGGUUCCUGAGUUUCAAAAAGAAUAAAUACAUGGAAAACUUGGAAUGCUUUCAAAAUCUUGCUAAGGGUCAAGCACCAAAGCAUCCUAGGAUUUCAGCCAGGAGAAGCCUUUGUAGUCCGCAAUGUGGCAAUCUGGUGCCUCCUUUUGAGAGUGGACCCUCAGAAACAAAUGCUGCCCUUGAAUUUGCUGUUAAUGCUCUAGAAGUUGCAAAUAUACUAGUCAUUGGCCACAGCUGCUGCGGAGGCAUUCGUGCAUUAAUGAGUAUGCAAGAUGAAGAAAAUUCAAGAAGCUUCAUUAAAAGUUGGGUGGCUGUUGGGAUGCAUGCAAGGUUGAGCACUAAGGCUGCUGCUUCCAACCUCAGCUUUGAUCAGCAGUGUAGACACUGUGAGAAGGAAUCUAUCAACCGUUCAAUGUUGAACUUGCUCACUUACCAAUGGAUAGCAGAGAGAGUGACAAACGGGUUGCUCUCCAUUCAUGGUGGCUAUUAUGAUUUUAUUGACUGUACAUUUGAGAAAUGGACCCUUAAUUACCACGGGAGUAGUUCAAAAGAGGAAAAUGGCAGAUACCCAAUCAUUAAUCGAGAAUUUUGGUGCUGA